AUGUCUUCACCGCCCGACUCUGCCGAAGCAAGUAGCACCAAUAUUUCCCUCACCGUCAACUAUGUCCCGUCGAAAUUUUCUGGUGCACUUCUCGAACCCUCCAGGCCUCGGCGAAGGAAAUCAAAGAACGCCAUAAACAGUGUUGGAACCAUGGGUACACCUCGUGGAGGAGGAAUCGACGCGUUCAGAAGCGGCGAAUCCAGGAUUCCCGAUGAGAACGACGACGAUUACGAUGGUGUAAACAUUUCCAGGUUGUGGCGAUCAGGCCUUAAAAGUUUCAAAGGAACAGCAACAAAACACACGAAACUUCGUUGGAACGCAUUCAAAAUUACACUCUUCUUAUCCAACACGGUCUUUUCAAUAUACACUUUGAUCACCUUGAUAUUCUGCCUCAUUACCUGGUUCGACGUUAUCCAACAGGCUGACGUUAUACGCGUGGGUAAUCGUGCUGAACUCAUCUUCAGCACUCUCGCCGCGACGUUCGGCCUGUUUACCGCUAUGAUUGGCUGGGCAGGUAUCCUCCUGAACAACCGCGGUUUUCUGGCAGUCUACACGUUUUUUCUCUGGUUAACCUUUGCGUUUCUGGUCAUCCCUGGUUAUCUCACGUACAAAAAACGAACGUUCAAUCUGGAAGGCAAACUCAACUCCGAAUGGUCUCGAGCACUUGGAGCAGAAGGCCGGUUACGCAUUCAAAAUCGGUUGCAAUGCUGUGGCUGGUUUUCUCCCUUUGUCGAGGCCACCAUUUCGCAGACAUGUUACGCCCGAUCGGUUCUCCCGGGGUGUAAACUAGCGUACAUGAAUCUACAAAGGCGUAUCUUGGAAAAAUGGUACACAAUAUCAUUUGGACUGGUACCUCUCCAGCUUGGCGCUAUUGUCGCGGGCCUCUUAUGCUCCAAUCACGUCACAUAUAGGUUUGGGAAGGGCAUGAUGCCAAAGAUGUACCAGUUGAACCCAGACGCAAUCAAGUUGAUAGUGGACCAGUACACGAACCAAAUUGCAGAACAGUACGGCAGAGACAUUGCUUCCGAUGUAAUCGUUAAGUCUGGUAUGCAAAGCUUUGGUUCAGGUCUUCCUGCUCAGGGCAGUAAUUCUUCAUACCUACUUUCCGGUCACCCCCCGCCGUCGAAGGAGUUAAACAGCGGAAGUGCUUUGUCUGCUAUGACAUACGUCGACUCAUUUGAUAGAACUCGGUCUACAAGAGGUAAAGAAAAGUACGAGUCGCUCCCGCGGCGGGCCAACGACUAA